UACUGUAUUCGUAUUUAUUCAUUUAUUCACAUCAAAUCGUUGAAGAGCAGAACCUGUGGGAAGCAGUACAAAGGAAUAGCUUAUUUCUGGAAAAUUUGUCCGCAAUUCUAAACGUGAUCCGUGAUAAGAAGACAAUAGCCUUUGUUUGUGCUGUGUUGCCUAGUGUAUGUGAAGAACUUGAGUAGUUGCAAACCUUUGGAUGGGUUUUAGAGGAAUGAAUAAAAAUUUGAGCAAGGAUUGUUUGGGACUUCGUCUACGGGUCAGCGGUCUACAUCAAACGUGGAAGUGGCUUCAUCAGACCGCAGCUUUGCAUGAAUAUUUGAUCUCCGUUACAGCUACAGACACAGCAGCUUCAUCAAGUGUAAUUUGUAAAGAGGAGUGCUAAAGUCCAACCUAAUCAUUUAACCAAACAAUCGAUCGCAGCUAACCAAAAAUAAACAAAAACUUUUAAAACCGAAAGAAAAAAAGUAAAAAGAGUUAUCCUCCAUAUAUAUUUAACCUUCUGUGCCCUAAAUAGACAUUUUUUACAUUGUCGACGAAUUUGUAGUGUGACCUUACUACAUUUUAAAAGAACAGAACAUUCUUACAAUCAGCAUCUAUCUCCAACGAACGACCCAUACAUUAACAAAAAUUCUUAUUACCCGCCUCAUGAUCUCCCUCCUUCAACGAUAUCAUCUGUUUAUGUGGGUACACCGACUUGACGACUGAGGCGCAUAUUGCGUUCAUAUUCGUUUUACAAAAAAAAGAA